AUGGAAGCUCCUGCUUUUCGAACGUGUAUACAGUUACCGGAUCUCUUCGGGUUUAGAAGACUACAGGGUCACAAACCAAAAGAAUUUAAGGUUGCUGUGCAUAAGAACUUGGAAUACAAAUUAUCUUCUGUCAUAGAUAAAAUGGAACCAAGAAGGUCAAUUUUGCAUCUGAUAGGAGUUAAUCUCAUCUUCGCAAAUGCGUGUGCUGUUCUAGCUGCACCAAUGCAGGAGAUGAGAGAACCAGACAUGAUAAGGACUCUGAAGCUAGCAAGUGGAGUGAGAAUACAAGACAUCCUUGAAGGGGAAGGAAAGGAAGCUCAAGAGGGAGAUCUAGUAGAAUUUAAUUAUGUAUGUCGGCGAUCAAAUGGAUACUUUGUUCAUAGCACUGUGGAUCAAUUUAGCGGAGAAAGUGCUCCAGUUGUACUUCCUCUGGAUGACAGGCAGAUGAUAAAAGGUCUGAAGGAUGUAUUGAUAGGAAUGAAAGCUGGAGGGAAGAGAAGAGCACUGGUACCUCCUUCUGUAGGAUAUAUUAGCGAAAAUUUGCAACCAAUUCCUGAAGAGUUUGGUCCUCGACGUAGCCUUUUGUCCCAUGCAAAGGAGCCUUUAGUUUUUGAAGUCCAGCUCUUGAAAGUAUUAUGA